UAUCACGUGCCUCAAUUCGGCCAAUAGCCGCGGAGCAGCGCUAUACACAGGCGCGUCGCUGUCCGCUUCUCUCCCAGAGUUAGUGCCUCUUUUUUAAGUGUUGGGGAUUUUAAAAAGAGCUGGUCGUCUCAAUGUUGGACGUGCUAUGACAGCGUCAUUACUUCUUCACUCCCGCUGGAUUGACCCGGUGAUGUUCCUCUACGACAACGCUUUAGAGGAAGUGAACAAGAAUAUGGAAGGAUAUCCUGGAGGCAAUUUUGCUGCAAAUCAGUGCAGGAAUUUAAUGGCUCAUCCGGCAUCCCUGGCUCCGAGCUCAGCCUACACGUCGAGUGAGGUUCCAGUGUCUGGCAUGGGCGAACCUGUCAAACAGUGCAGUCCGUGCUCCGCGGCGCAGAGCUCCUCCAGCGCUUCCUUACCCUAUGGCUAUUUCGGCAGCAGCUACUACCCGUGUAGAAUGACACAUCACGGCAGCAUUAAGUCCUGCGCGCAACCUUCCACAUAUGGAGAGAAGUAUAUGGACACAUCCGUUUCGGGAGAGGAGUUCACGUCCAGAGCAAAGGAGUUCGCUUUCUAUCAAGGUUACACCGCUGGUCCCUACCAGUCGGUGCCAGGCUACUUGGACGUGCCCGUCGUGCCGACCAUAAGUGGCCCCGCGGAACCCAGACACGAUCCACUCUUGCCCAUGGAAAGUUACCAGCCGUGGGGUAUCACUAACGGGUGGAGCGGUCAGGUUUACUGCGCGAAGGACCAGACUCAGGCGAACCAUCUGUGGAAAUCGUCAAUUCAAGACGCAGUGUCGCAAGCCGGGGAGGGCGGUUCUGCUAGACGAGGAAGAAAGAAGCGCGUGCCUUACACCAAGAUACAGCUGAAGGAACUGGAACGGGAGUAUACCACUAAUAAAUUCAUUACAAAGGACAAGCGGAGAAGGAUUUCCGCCCAGACAAACCUGACCGAGCGUCAAGUUACUAUUUGGUUUCAGAACAGACGAGUAAAAGAAAAGAAAGUCAUCAACAAAUUUAAGAACCCCAGUUAGCCUGGAUAUAAUAAAAUAACUGGGAAGCUCUUAAGAAAGGUCUUUUAUUGUGACUUGUUAACUUUAAAGAAUUUGCCACUCAACGUGAGUGGAUGGGAGACUUGGCCAAAGUCGCAAAAUUCGUAGGCCUUCAAUCCGGGCCUCCUGGUCAGAAACGAAAACUGGAAAAGGCUAUAGAUGACCGUGUUGUACGAUAUUCUUGAAGACAAACAUGGACCAGGGAGCAGAUUGCUGUUCACAAGACCAAUUCGAAGGAAAGAGGUUAUUGUUCGGUGAAAUCGCAUCUAUACGACUGUCCAGUUUCUUCUCAGGAAAAGAAGACGUUUGCCAAAUGUAUAUUUAAGUCAUUUUCCAUUGUAAUUAUUAAAGGGAUAUCACGACAAAUUUUGGGGAUUCGUGAAAAGGACACAGCAAGAUUAAAACAAUCAACCCGUAGAAUAAAUUAGAAAAUAUAUUCUGUGUAAUCCCCUUUUAAAUAAACAAUUCGCACUUCAGUAAUUUGAGACGAUGUUCAAAAACGUGUCUUUUAAUUUCCAAGAUUUAGAAAUCCUUGCGUUGAAAAUGCUGAUGUAAUCACGCUAGUAUUUUAAACUUCUUCUGAAAACAAGGUUUUCAGAUUAUCCAUUUCAAAUAACUGCUCUGUCGUAUUUGUGUAGCCUGACUGUAUGUUAACGCUGAACCGUUGAGCGCAAAUCACUGAAUGUCUGAAUUGCUCAGUUAUCUGUGUCUGCCAAAGUGGUUAAACUAUGUCCAAAUAAAACUGGACACGGACUUCAAACUGUACUCAUAUAUUUAUUUGUAUAGCGAGCUGUCGCUCAAACGUUGUUUUUUUAUGUAAAAGCAAAAUAUACUUGUUUUAUUCUUUUUUUUUAGACGUAUAUAGGCCUGUAGGUGUAGAAAUGAACAUCACCAUUCUUAUAAAUAUUGUGCAGAAAAAGAUAGUUUUUUUUGUUGUGGAACUUUUCGACGCAUUGCCGGUAAAUUACAGGAUCGCUUUAAGGAAUAAACGGGAUGGAGACUAAACCUUGACCUUGAGGAAGAUUGAAGUUGAGAAGUUUCAGAAUAAAGUAGAACAACAUUGCCAUCUGCUGUUUUAAAAAUGUAAUUAAAUUCUUAAAACCGGCCAGCGCGCAGAGCUUCUUUAGAACUCGAAUUUAGCUAUUUUAAAAAUCGACUUUAUACAUAGCAAGGACAGUAAUAAUAAUAUACACGCAAUAAUGUGUUCUUUGAAGAAUUAUUGAAUAUUUUUUAUUAUUAUUUAUCAAUUCUUGGUAGCCUAUAUUGUAAACUCAAACGGCCAUGUCAGACUAGGACCAAACAUGUGUUACAGGUGGACUGAAAAUCUCGGAAAAUACAAAGAUAAUGCCAUAAUUUUUUAAACCAAAGAGUAAUUUACGCCGCUGCAUUAAACGUACUUUGCUAUUAUUUUAAGAUGCGUUAAAUCUGACUGUUAGACACGCUCUCAUUUUGAGGAGUAUCCUACGGUAUACAAGCAUAACAGGAAAGGAAAGUUCAGAUAAAUUUGAUUAAACGAACUGCGUAAUUCAGAAAACUUUAUUUAAAUUGUUCGGCUUCAAUCACUAUGUGUGGGCAUACAUUAUAAUGUUGUUUUGCUGCAAUUUAUCCCUUUUCGCAUGCUUAUUAAUGAGGUUUUUCUUUUUACUUGUCUAGUUUAAAUGCUAUAUCACAGUUAUUUUGAUAUACCCUCUACUCAUCCCGAUUUUUCUGUUUAAUUUUCCGCCAAAUUAAACUGAUCAAAUAAUUCAUUAAGAAAACGCACGAAGUUAAAAACAAAACUAUCCAAAACUGAGUGGCAUUCGUUUGUAAAUAAAUCAUAUAACAAGCCCAAACUCUCUAAAUAUUUUUUUAAUUAAAAUUUCAAACGUGGCAGAUAUAGAUUUCACAUUUCAAGUACCUCGGACUGAACUUUCGAAACUGCCUUCAUGUUUUUUGUUAUAUACGUUUACAUACAGGCGUUCGGGAGACACUUGAGUGACUUACAGGACAAUGCAAAUAAGUAAAGUUAUACGCAAAUAGCUUCAACAGAAGAACAUCCCUAAUACGUCUUGUGCAGCGUUGUUACAUGAGACAGAAAGAUAUAAAUCUAUAAUAUCGGAGUACAUAUGUAAAUAUUUUGGGUUGUGUAAUAUGACGUUAGGUAAUGUUGAGUUCUAUUUAAUCGAUGUGAUUUUAUGCUGUCUGAAUCUGAAUAUUUAAGUACACAUUUGGAAAAAAAUAUUAAUGCAAGAUCAAGAAGAUUUGCAUAUUUUUCUUAGAAAAUUUACUUUAGGCUUACAUUAUACAUGAAGCUUAAAUGAAAUUGCAAGUAUGGCGAAUUUUGUGUGAUAGUAAUAUAUACAAAAACAUGGUGGUGCGUUUGUGCAAUUAUAUUUUAUUUAUUCUGUUUUAUAAAUCCUUCAAAAACCAAAA